AUGGCUACAAUAUUGAUGCAAAGGGACCUUGUUUUGACGCUGAAGAAGGAAACUAAUUUGAAUAUCGGGUUACUAAGCAAGCUACAUCCUAUGCUUUCGGAAUUAUCAUCCUUAAUAUUCAAAAAUAAUGCCCUCGAGAAACCUACACAGAAUCUAUUUAAUAAUUUAUCGUAUUAUUUAGUGUCGAUAAUUGAUCCUCAAGUGCACGCAUCCUUAACGUGGCCUUUAUAUGAUACGAAGGCGGAGAGAGCUUACAGAAACGAACUAUCUAAUUUUAUUAGUAAUUAUAGUUCAAAAGGAUUACUAACACACGUCAUGUCUUCAUAUUUAGUGAAUCCCGGAUGCUUUAAAGUGACUGUAUUACUGUUUCAACUUUCGCAAUUGGCGGUAAAUCGCUUACUUGUGUCCAAAAUGGUAAAAGAUAGUAAAAAAGCAUUGUACAACACUAUGACUGAUAAAUAUAAGUCCCAAGAGAAGGAUGGCUUCGUUGAAUGCAUUGACAAGGAAACUAAAAAAAUGUUAAGUAAAUUUUCUAAUUAUUUGUGUAAACGGAAGAUUAUGGAACAAAUAGCGUUUUUAUUUCGUAAGAAAAUAACUGAGAUGGAGAAUAAAUUGACUGCUAUAAAUGGUCAGGGAUACAUCGACAAUAUAGUUGAUAAUUUUAUUAAGACCCAUGCUAUUGACAAUGUGUAUAAAAUGGAAAUUUUAAAAAUAAAAAAUAUAAACACACGGUCAACCUUUUUUGAAAAUUGGCUUUCAGAAACAGAUAGUAAAUUGAACAUUAUCGAAAGUGAGUGGAAUGCAAAAGUAUCACCAUUAUUGAAAAAGUCUAAAAACAUAUUACAAAAUACGGAAGAGUUAAUUAAUAGACAUACAGGUCAAAUGGAAAGGAGUUCGUAUAUGAUAGAAUAUGAUCCCAAAACUGAUUUUAUAUCCACGUCAGAGUUACAAGGGCAAGUUAACAGUCAACAAAAAUAUAUACUAAGGAAUUUAGAAAGGGACGGUGUACAGAGUUUUCCAAACCUCGUCCGAGCAUUUGUUAUAUCUAUAUGUUUUAUCCUAAAGAACAAUGAAAUCGGAGACGAGAUAUACAACUUUAAUAAAUAUUUGGAAGGCGGUAAAAGAAAUUACGCUGAAGUUGUCGGGGCUUUGAAGAUUUUAAUAGAGAGAGUUUUCAACGCUGAAGCUAAAUUAAAGGUAAUGUCGUCAUCUCUCAGCUGUGAUCAGACAAUGUCUGUCAGAGAUUACCCAGAAAUACCUCCGAUACCCGACCUAUCAGACUUAAAGAUAAACCGAGAGUACCAAGUAUUUUUUGAUACAUUCACACCCUUAAACUUGUAUAAACAUCAGUUCAAUUUACGGAGACGUACAAGUGGUAAUUUCCUUAAACCUCAGUCAAAAUCACUGAUGGCACCAAUGUAUCAAUCCACUAGAGAUGACUUUUUGAAGAGCUUGAUAUCAUGCAGAAUUAGUUCCUAUGAUAAUGCCAAUACAACACACAAUCACAAUAUGUCCGUAAUAUCAAAUAUUAAAGUUAAUGAAACUAUAUCUGAGUGUUCCGCUGGCUUCACAAAACAACAGAUCAUUAGAUUAUUGUCGACGAAAAAAUCUAGUAGUUCAAAGAAAUUCAAAUAUAAGCAAGAUAGGCCGAACAUUAAUAUCAAGAAAGGAGGCUUAUUCAAUGAAUCUGUUAAUUCAAAUGAUAGUAAUGGUCUGUUUCGUAGUUAUUCAUCACCAAAUUUAUUUGAAAAUAGAGAAAAAAGAUCGCUAAAUAAUGUCAGAGGUAGAAAACUGUCUAUAAUGCAAGAGGAUAGUCCACAGUUAGAUGUUUCAGGAAUCGCUUGUCUAGCCUCUGAUAGCAAUUGUAACUCACCACACGGCCUGGGAAACGCAGAAAGUUCUAGACAACCAGAUACAUCUGGUUUCCCAAUAAUUAAAGUGACCAAAGAAGCCGAAAAUAGGAUAAAUAAUGUUCUAAACGAAAUCAAAGUCGAUCUUAGUAAUGAUUUAGGAAUGGAUAGUACCGUAUCACCGAUUUCAGAAGUGUCCAGAAAGAGUUUGGAACAGGAAAUGCAAUUAUCAAAGACUAAAACACCAAAAACGAAUACGUCCCUUAUAAAAAAAUCAAGUUCUUUAGAGAAAAUAAUAAAUAGGUUUAAAAAGGUCAGAGCCACUGUAGCGCCGCAGAAGCAAAUCGACAUGAGUGAUAUUAAUACUAUUGUCGAAGAGAAGGAAAAUGUAAAUUUUGACGUAAACACAGCAAAUAGAAUAUUAUUACCAGAUCUAUUGAGUCCGAGUUGCAGCACAGUUAGUCCUAGAUCAAAUAAUGUGGAAUAUUUAGAUCAAAUAUGUUUAGAAAUGGAUGAAGUAGCACGUAGGAAGCCUCGAGAAAGUCUUGGCACAGCGCUGGGUGUAGAUAAUACUUUUCUAGACCAAUUCGAAUUGAUAGACUGAUAUUUAUUAUUUGUUAUAUGUGAUUUUAUAUUGCAUUCUUUGCAUUUCUUCUGAAAGUUCGAAUAAUGUAAUAUAAACUUAGAUUUUAAUAAAAUUGUUUCAUUGAU